UUUGUUUUGUUUUCUUGUCGAGUGGAAAAAAUGGUUGACCUGUACCUUUCUGCGGGUAAAAAUAAAAGAAAUACGUGAAAAAAUCAGGUUAUUUCGUUUCGAGUACAUCAGUUUUGUAAGCGAGAUGGAGUACUUCACUCCAAUAAAGGUAGAAGAGCUUACAAUAUUCGACACCCUGCCUGCGGAAGAGGAAACUCCACCCAGUAGCAGCGAUCCUCUAGCGUGCCCCGGUAAAACGCCUGCAAGAUAUGCGCUGAGGAAAGGCCCGAUCGUUGUGAAACGAGAACCUGUGAUGGACACCACCGACGAAGACGAGACUACAGCUGCUUGUAACUCCAGGUACAGUGAACGACUAGUCACGAAUGGGAAAAAUCCAACCCCGAAGGAAAAUUGCUCCUCAAUUUUCCCACCACGCCGACCGAAACGGAAAUAUAAGACCGAAAAAACGCUCGCUGAAAUCGCUUACGAACAAGUAGUUUUUAACGGAACGAAAGCCCGCUGCGCAAUUGAUGCGAACAGCGGUUGCUCCUACGAGCAGAAAACGUUUGACGCACAGAACUAUGUCCGUCAUUGCCGCCUCAAGCACCCGGAUAUAGCAGUCUUGAAAGGCUUGUUCAAAAAUACCGAAGCAGUUCCGAAAAAGCGACGAACCAUAGCGAAGCGACCGAUUGCCAUCGAUCGACAGCUAUUCCUCGAGGCAAUUCUGAAGUUGGUCUCUUUCCACAACAUGCCGCUUUCCAGCCUAGAAUGGGAAGGGUUUAGGAUGAUACUGAACCCGAUAUCGGAAUCGCUUAAUCUCAAGAUCAACAGAUCAAACAUCAAAGACCAUCUGGCAGCGGCAGCAGACAAAAUGCGACACGCUAUGAAGGAAGAGAUGAGAGGAAAGUUGAUCUGUUUAACGAUAGAUUCUGCCUCUCGUCAUGGACGAAGCGUUCUAGGAAUCAAUGUCCAAUACUGCCUGGCGGAUGCUGUUGCAGUUCGCAAUCUAGCGAUGCUUGAAGUAACUGAACGCCAAACAGCAAUUUUCCUUAAAAAUAAAACUAUGGAAGUUCUGAAACUCUACGAAGUUUCGUUGAACCAAAUAUUCUCUGUGACUGUGGACAACGAAACAAAUAUGUGCGCUGCAGUGAAGGAGCUGAAGGUGGAAUUGGAGCGGGGCCUCUUGGCAGGAUCAUCGAUAAAGCAGGAGGAUAACGAAGAACAGGAUAAGCUGUCGGCUGAUCUUUCGGACGAAUUCUCCAACCAUAUCAAUCUUAUUCGGUGCUCUGUCCACACGCUUCAGUUGGCCAUCCUCGAUGUGGUUAACGAAACCAAUGAAACCGUGAAGGCAGUUACUGAUGUCGCGAGACGCUGCAAGAAUCCGAAGUACAAAAACAGCUUCAAGAACUCAUCCGCAUCGUAUCCACCGGUCUGGAACGCCACACGCUGGUGUGGCAUUUAUAAUAUGAUACAGAGCUUUGUCGACCAGGAAAGCUUUUUCAACCAACUGGCCGAAAGGUACCCGGAGUUAGACCUUUCAGAGCACUGGACUUUCAUGCAUGAUUAUCAAAGUGCAUUCAAGCCACUUUACGUUUGCACCAAAACAAUGCAGGAGGGUCAUGUCACUUUGCCAGACUUCUACAAGCAGUGGCUCAUGGCGCCAAGCGAAGUUAAAAAGCUAUCCGGUAACCAAUUCGCUGCACCGCUUUAUGAAUCUUUAAUGAAAAGAUUAACGAGUCUUCGCAACUCGCGAGCAUUUAAAAUGGCCCUUUAUCUGGACCCACGGUUUAACUUUUGUGGUUCUAGGUUUUUCACUGCCAGUGAAAGGGAGGAAAUUCAGGGAUACAUUGUAAGCUUGUGGGAGAGAAUAUCCCGACUUUGUCCUUCAUCCUCAACGGAGAGCACUACUACAGUCGACAUGCCUUCAACUUCCGACUCGACGGCCGAGUCGAAUUUUGAUUUCGAUGAAAUCAUGACGGAAAUGUUUGGAGGAUCAUUGACUUCCGGCGAAAGUUCAAACUCGUCCAGGUUCAUGAAACAGCUUAAGGCACUUGACGUAGAGGAACGCCAAAGUCACAAUUACGAUAUUUGGAACCACUGGGUAACACGCAAACAUACACACCCAGAACUGUAUGCAGUGGCAACGGUAGUGCUUGCUACACCGUCGAGUCAGACACCGCCGGAAAGAGCCUUCAAUGCCCUAGGCUUGAUGCAGACUGAUUCACGGACAGGACUAGGCGAGGAUAGCCUGGCAAAUAUAUUUAUGGUUAAGCUUAACAAAGAUGUUUUCCAGAAAAUUCUCCCAGGUCUCUAUGAUUGGAAAGCUCUAGAGUCAGAAGAUCCACACGAGUUGCCAGCUUCGCUGGAUACUUCUUCAUAAACCGCAGAGUAUCAUUUUAAAUAUUUGACACAUGAAUAUAUACUGUUCUUUUCGUAGACUGCACAGUAUCAACCAUUUCACAACAUUCUCUAUUUAGUAAUCACAAUUAUAGAAAAUACAUAAGCGAUUGAACACAAGCUGAAUUCAAUCUUCAUUCACAUGUAAAAUAGUUACUUUAAUAAAAAAGUUUUAAAUAAGUCCGAGUCCUUCAAAAGGUCGCAUGCACUUCUAGACCUUUCAAACCAUACAGCACAAAAAAAAAACAAAAUUUUAGGAGAGCACAAGAAAACGAAAAAGGACCUCAACUGUAAAUAACUAUGGACGGAAACUCGUUUUGAUAAGACGUAUUUGAAUAAUUUACUGGAUGUUUUGGUGGAAUAUUAUAAUACCCCAUUUUACUGUAA